AUGGAGCGUUUCCAAAUUAUUUCCGAUCUCCAUCUCGAGACGCCCUCUGCAUAUGACCUGUUUGACAUCCCACCCCAAGCGCCUUAUCUCGCUCUCCUCGGCGACAUUGGCAACGUGCAGGAUGAUGGCUUGUUUGAGUUCAUCAAAGUCCAACUUCGACAAUUUGAAAUCGUUUUCUUUCUCUUAGGGAACCAUGAGCCCUUUCAUUCGAGCUGGCCGACUGUAAAGAAUAAAAUCCAGAGCUUCUCUCAUUCAAUCGAGCAACAACAACAACUGAAUGCGGGGCAAUCUGCUUCCUCGAAACCCCUCGGGAAAUUUAUAUUUUUGGAUCAAACGCGAUAUGACAUCUCUUCUGACCUGACUGUUCUCGGGUGUACGCUCUAUUCCAAGAUCACGAAACCCCAAGAGGAAACUGUCAGUUUCGGUCUGAACGACUUUUACCAGAUCGAGGAUUGGACUGUCGAAGGCCAUCGUGCAGCUCACGAAGCCGAUCUCACAUGGCUCAACACCCAGGUCUCGAACAUGGCCAGAACAGACCCGCAGCGCAAAAUCAUGGUGUUCACCCAUCAUAGCCCGAUAUCCGCGGAUGCCCGUGCGGUUGAUCCUAGACAUGCCAACAGCUCCAUCUCUUCAGGCUUUGCGACGGACCUUAGGGGGCAGACUUGCUGGGAGAGCCCUCGAGUGCGUGUUUGGGGAUUUGGACACACGCAUCAUAAUUGCGAUUUCACAGAGGAACGGACUGGCAAGAGAGUCAUUGCGAACCAGCGAGGGUAUUAUUUCUCCCAAGCAAAGGGAUUUGAUGUGAAGAAGGUCAUUAACUAUUCUGCAUUUCAUUUAUUCAUGAUGGCCUCCAUUGCUCGCGCUUUGCGGCCCUUGUCCCGCAAUACUGCUUCUCUCCGACUUGGAGCUACUAGACGGCCAUUGCCCACUCGUGCAAUUACUAGCACCCAUGCAUUCUCUACCACUUCCCGCCGGCGGGAUGUCGACUUGUCCCAUUUGACCCCUACCCCAAUCAGCCUUUUGUCCGAAACGGAAUCCCUCAUGUCCGAAUCGGUCUCCAAAUUCGCCCAAGAACAGAUCGGUCCUAAGGUCCGCGACAUGGAUGAGGCCGAGACCAUGGACCACACCGUCGUUGAGCAGCUGUUCGAACAAGGUAUCAUGAGUAUCGAGGUUCCCGAGGAGUUUGGCGGUGCGGGGAUGAACUUCACCGCCGCCAUCGUGGCAAUCGAGGAGCUGGCUCGCGUUGACCCCAGUGUCAGUGUCCUUGUCGAUGUCCACAACACCCUUGUCAACACCGCCAUCCUCAAAUACGGUGACGCCCAGGCCCACCGAACAUGGUUGCCCAAGCUGGCUACAGGCACAGUCGGCUCGUUCUGUCUGUCUGAGCCAGCCUCCGGAUCGGAUGCUUUUGCUCUGCAGACCAAGGCCGAGAAGACGGCGGACGGUUACAAGAUCAACGGAUCCAAGAUGUGGAUCACCAAUGCCAUGGAGUCUGGUAUUUUCAUUGUCUUCGCCAACCUUGAUCCCAGCAAGGGAUACAAGGGUAUCACCGCCUUUAUCGUCGAGAAGGAUACCCCAGGAUUCUCGAUUGCCAAGAAGGAGAAGAAGCUUGGUAUCCGUGCCAGCAGCACCUGUGUGCUCAACUUUGAUGACGUCGUCAUCCCCAAGAGCAACCUGCUCGGUGAAGAGGGCCAGGGUUACAAAUACGCUAUCAGCGUGCUGAACGAAGGCCGCAUUGGUAUCGCUGCUCAGAUGACCGGUCUGGCCCUGGGUGCGUGGGAAAAUGCUGCUAGCUACGUCUGGAAUGACCGUCGCCAGUUCGGUCAGCUUAUCGGUGAAUUCCAAGGCAUGCAGCACCAGCUCGCCCAAGCCUACACUGAGAUCGCGGCCGCAAGAGCUCUCGUCUACAACGCUGCGCGCAAGAAGGAGGCCGGCCAGGACUUUGUCCAGGAUGCCGCCAUGGCCAAGUUGUAUGCCUCGCAGGUUGCCGGCCGCGUUUCUGGCAGUGCCGUCGAGUGGAUGGGCGGCAUGGGAUUCGUGCGCGAGGGUGUCGCCGAGAAGAUGUUCCGUGACAGCAAGAUUGGUGCCAUCUACGAGGGCACAAGUAACAUUCAACUGCAGACAAUUGCCAAGCUUCUGCAAAAGAAGUACACUCAAUAA